UGAGAGUGUUGGGAUAUAAGGAUAUAAUACUGAUUUAUGAAGGUGAACAGUCAAACGUCAGUGCAGGAUCUGAACUGCAGGGAUUGAAAUAAGGGUCCUUGGUGGCUAAGGAAGGGAGGAGGGGAGAAAGAGGUGGUACUAGGGGAAGUAGCACAGAGGAAGAGGCAAUACUACCCGAGACUAGAUGCGGACCGUCUCUGGCAACCAGGAAAAGGCAAAUACAAAGAGAGGUCUGCUGGUCACAGCGGGGCACCUCGAGGAGAGGACGACUAGGAGCACACGGCCCGGAAAGGUCCAGAAUAACUGUGCUUGAAGAAGAAAAUUCCCAACAUGGACAAACCACGCAAAGAAAAUGAAGAAGAGCCGCAGAGCGCGCCCAAGACCGAUGAGGAGAGGCCUCUGGUGGAGCACUCUCCCGAAAAGCAAUCCCCCGAGGAGCAGUCUUCGGAGGAGCAGUCCUCGGAGGAGGAGUUCUUUCCUGAGGAGCUCCUGCCUGAGCUCCUGCCUGAGAUGCUCCUCUCGGAGGAGCGCCCUCCGCAGGAGGGUCUUAACAGGAAGGACCUGUUUGAGGGGCGCCCUCCCAUGGAGCAGCCUCCUUGUGGAGUAGGAAAACAUAAGCUUGAAGAAGGAAGCUUUAAAGAAAGGUUGGCUCGUUCUCGCCCGCAAUUUAGAGGGGACAUACAUGGCAGAAAUUUAAGCAAUGAGGAGAUGAUACAGGCAGCAGAUGAGCUAGAAGAGAUGAAAAGAGUAAGAAACAAACUGAUGAUAAUGCACUGGAAGGCAAAACGGAGCCGUCCUUAUCCUAUUUAAUGUGUUCGGCCUUUAAUUCUGUUUUGCCUGCUAAUAGUACUGCCAUUGCCACCUGGACUUUCUGUUUGCAUUUUCUUAAUGCCUUUUCCCAUAUUCUGAAUUUUAACUUUUUGUGAAGCUUUAUUUUAGAUGUUUAGCAUGUAACUCUCUUAAAGUUGGGGUUUCCCCCUAAAAUCUACAAGUUUCCCUAUUUCAGUCAUGAGUCCUACACAUUUGCAUGAAAGAUGUACAUUAUAUAUUGUGAAACGAAAAACGCAAUUUUCAAAUGGUAUAUAUUGUAUCCCAUUUUUGUAAAAAAAAUGUAUAUUUAUAUAUUAAUAUGCAAAGAAAAAGCUAAAAGUAUAUACUUCAAAGGCAUAACAGUGGUUGUGUGGUAAGAUAAUAGGUGAUUUUUUUAAUUUUUGUUUUAUCUGAAUUUCUCAUUUUUUCAAGACAAACAUUUUACUUGUGUUGCAAAAAUAUAUAAUGAAAAAAUCACACAAUUUUGAAAAAAACUGUCAAUCAGCUUAUAGCGACAAUGUGGCACUUAAUAAAUACUUGUCAGAACUU